AUGUUUGUCAAGACCCAGCGAACCGAUGCGACGGUCUCGCCGGAAGAUAUUUUAUCAGCGCGGAACCUUGACGGUGAGCUUGGGCGAUUCACGCUGCGUCAUGAUUCAUCAUAUCGUUAUGCGUGGGACUUGCUGAUCAUGACUAUGAUCCUGCUUGAUGUUAUUCUGACUCCGCUGUCAUUGGGCUUCAACUUUACCCCCAAGUUCAUGGAUGGGCUGAAUAUCCUCGGAACUAUUCUUUUCGUGAUCGACUUUAUCGUGCACAUUUUCUCAUCGUACACAGACGAACGUGGCGACCUCAUCUCCGGACCCAAAAAGACGGCAAUGAAUUAUCUGCUAAGUGGUUGGGCUAUACCCGACUUUCUCAGUUGGUUCCCUUUCGAGCUGUUUGCGUCGUCUAGUAAAGGUCGCGUUCUCAGCUUCACCAAGAUCUUCCGACUUGCCAAAGUGAGCCAGCUUGCGCGGAGGAUUAACUCUGCAAAGAAGGCCGGGAUUCUGAGAUUUAUCCUACUGCUGGGUAUCGUAUUGACGGUCGUGCAUCUUCUAGCCUGUUACUGGAGCUGGGUGGCGCAUGGGUGGCGUUCUCAUCUGGAGGAAAAUACUUUCGUGCCGCAGUCGCUGUUUGAGAAGUAUGCCCUGUGUUGGUCGCUCGUGGUUGGAUGCCUGAAUGCAAGUCCACCGCCAAUGUUUACCGCCGUCGAACAAAUAUCUGUAGCAUGCUUUAUGCUGAUAGGUAACAUCCUCCAGGCUAGCGUCUUCGGUUCUGUGGCGGUACUUAUUUCCUCCUUCGAUGAAGAUGAGGCCGCGUACAACAAGAAGCUAAUAUCAACGUCGGAGCGUUGUCACUUCCUGGGUAUUUCGGUCGAGCUUACCAAGCGAAUUCGCGGAUACUAUGAAAAUCUCUGGCGCGAGACUAAGAGCGUGAACACCGACGCUGAUUCGUUCAUCAAUGAACUCUCGCCAGCGCUUAUUUGUGAGGUGAAGUUCCAGCUCUAUCGAGAAAUGAUCAAGCAGAUUCCGUUCUUGUCGUCGAAGACGUUGGCUCCGGCUGUGAUCGAGAUGCUGAUAUUGCACCUGCGGACAGUCAUUUACAUGCAAGAUGAUGUCUUGAUUCGCAAGGGUGAAUACGGAGACUGGAUGGCUUUCAUCGGGAGUUCAGUGGCGGUUCUCGACCCGAAUACGAACACCCGCAAGAUCAUCCGAAUUCUUCGCAAAGGCGACUACUUCGGAGAGAUGGCACUGUUGCAGCGUGCCAAGCGUUCAACAACUGCAGUCGCGCUUACCUGGGUGCAGAUCCACGUCCUUUGCCGAGCCGAUCUCGACAGUGUCAAGGAGCAAUACCCGACCCAGACCGAGAUUCUCGAGCGCGAGAUCAACAAGUACAUGCAGUCCAAGGUUCGAUACAAGUAG